CGAUGAUUAAGUUAAUUACAGUGAUGAUUAUGAUGAAUUUACCUUUGGUUAAUAAUAAAACAAAUUGUUAGAAGAUAAAACGAUGACUUUAAGAAGGAGCAAUUGGAUGAAUGGAGAAAAUGAUUAGUUUCAUUUCUCUCUCUCUCUCUUUCUCUCUAAGUGUGUGUGUAGGUUUGGCCUGAGGUUAAAUUCCGCUUCCGAUCAAUUUCUUGUUUGAUUGGUUUUCUUUUCUUUUCCAUCAUCAUCAUCAUCAUCUCAUCCUUGUCAUUUACUCUCCCUUUUCUCUCUCUCACAUUCUACCUUUAAAUUCACCUGCAACUCUUGGUUCUCUUCUAUUCGCCAUCAUCAUUGGAACAUCAUUUUCUCCAACGUUUCUUGUGAUUCUCGCCUUGUGAUUCUUUCAUCUGAUUAACACUUUUCAUCUACAAUUAGUUAACCUAAUUUACGAAUUCGUUUCAUCUAUUUUUUCUCUGUGUGUUGAUUGUUUCUUUUUUCUUCUGUAGAAAUCAAAUAUGAAGGAUGUCAAAAGAAUCUGUUGUAUUGGUGCUGGUUAUGUCGGUGGACCAACAAGUUGCGUGAUCGCCUCGAAAUGUCCUCAUCUCACUGUGGUGGUUGUCGAUUCGAAUGAGAAUCGAAUUGAAUCUUGGAAUUCUGAUUCUCUUCCAAUCUAUGAACCAGGAUUGGAAGACAUUGUUAAAAAAUGUCGAGGUUCCAAUCUUUUCUUUUCAACCGAUGUCAAAGGAGAAAUUGAUGCCGCUGAUUUGAUCUUUAUUUCGGUUAAUACGCCGACUAAAACAUUCGGUAUUGGUGAAGGUGAAGCCGCUGAUUUGAAAAAUUUAGACUUUGUUUGUCGGAUUAUCGCCGACAAUGCAAAGGCGAGUAAAAUUGUCGUUGAGAAAAGUACAGUUCCUGUUAAGGCCGCUGAAUUGGUAAACAGAAUAUUAAAAGCAAACCAAAAGCCAGGUCUUUGCUUCCAAGUUUUAUCCAAUCCUGAGUUUCUCGCCGAGGGCACAGCGAUUAAUGACCUUCUUAAUCCGGAUCGUAUCCUAAUAGGCGGAGAGGAAAGUGAAGCGGGUCAAGAAGCAGUGGCAAAAUUAACUUCAAUAUAUACUAAUUGGGUUGAUCCAAAGAAGAUAAUUAGUACUAAUCUUUGGUCAGCUGAGCUCUCCAAAUUGACUGCCAAUGCUUUUCUCGCCCAGAAAAUAUCAUCAAUCAAUGCGAUUUCAGCCAUUUGUGAAGCAACUGGUGCCGAUGUAAGGGAAGUGGCCAAAGCCGUUGGAACUGAUACCAGAAGGGAUAAAUUUCUUCGAGCGGGUGUCGGGUUUGGUGGAAGUUGCUUCCAGAAAGAUGUCCUCAACCUCGUCUACCUGGCAAAGACUAUGCACUUAUAUGAAGUCGCCGAAUAUUGGAAUCAGGUUAUCGUGUUAAACAAUUACCAAAAGAAACGAUUCGCUCAGCGUAUAAUUGAAUGUCUAUGCUACACCAUCACCGAUAAACGAUUGACGAUUUUUGGUUUCGCAUUCAAAGCCGACACGGGAGACACUCGAGAAUCACCUGCGAUUUAUAUUUGCCGUGAUCUUCUCAAGGAAGGCGCGAAAUUGAACAUUUAUGACCCAAAAGUGUGUCCAAAGCAAAUUAUGAAUGAUCUAAGGUCAGUCUUACCCGAAGAACGGGAUUCACUUGAUUCAUUGGUUGAAAUUCAUGAUGACCCUUACGAAGCUUCGAGUUCAUCUCAUUGUCUAAUAAUCUGCACCGAUUGGGAUGAAUUCAAACACUACGAUUACCAAAAAAUGUACAAUGUCAUGAAGAAACCGGCCUGUGUUUUUGACGGUCGAUUAAUUUUGGACCAUCAACAAUUAACUUCAAUCGGAUUUCACGUUGAAACAAUUGGAAAAAAAUUACGUCGAGAGGCCAAUGUCAAGUGCUUUGAGCUAAUCAACUCAACUAAUAUUGAAAAUCCUCUUAAUCAUCAAUAUGUUUUAUUGAUUUCCGAUCGAUUUUACUUGUUCAAAUUUUGACAAUAUCUUUUUACCAUAAUUGAAUUAUGUUUAACUGAUAAACCAAUUGACCAUCAAUAGUUGA